AUGAAGAGAAGAAGAGUAGAAGAAAGAAAAGUAGAAGUAGUAGUAGAAGAAGAAGUAGUAGUAGAAGAAGAAGUAGUAGUAGAAGAAGAAGUAGUAGUAGUAGUAGUAGUAGUAGUAGUAGUAGAAGAAGAAGUAGUAGUAGUAGUACAAGAAGAAGUAGUAGUAGUAGUACAAGAAGAAGUAGUAGUAGUAGUAGUAGUAGUAGUAGUAGAAGAAGAAGAAGUAGUAGUAGAAGAAGAAGAAGAAGUAGUAGUAGUAGAAGAAGAAGAAGUAGUAGUAGUAGUAGAAGAAGAAGUAGUAGUAGAAGAAGAAGAAGUAGUAGUAGAAGAAGAAGAAGUAUUGCGGAACUGCGUGAGGGUUGCUGUCGAAGCCUGCGGCAAAGCCGAGAACGACGAUACUAUUGCGUAUUCCCGCGGUGAAAUUGAAAGUGAAAGUGUCCUCAUUCAGGAAGCGUGUGGGCUGCUUGCUGGCUUCCUUCCUUCAUGUUCAGUCCAGCAUCAGUCUUUAAUUUCAUAUACUGCUCUGUUGAUGACUCGUCCAUACGAUGAAUCUUUGGCUGUUUUCAGUCAGAGGUUACAGCCACUUCAACAACUUAGGAAAGGAUCUAAUAUUCUUAGAGAAAGAUUCUCAGCUUUGCGACAAGCACGAACUCAUACCAAAGUACCAACAAAUCAAAGAGAAAUAUGCUAUGAGGCAGUUGGUUGCUUUCAAACAUCAAGAAAACACUCACCACUAAUGAAAGUUCCUCAAGCACCUCAUGAAAUUGAUACUAAGUUCUUACUAUACAAACGUGAAAACAUAGGUCCACCACAAACAAUUAAAUAUGGUGAUAAUAUGUUUUCUCUCAAGUCUUCAAAUUUUAGUAUUCACUCUCCAGUGAAAAUACUGAUUCAUGGAUACAAGGGAAGUGCAAGUGAUCAAGCAGCUUUGUGGGGAGUGUCUGAAUUUCUCAAAUUGAUGGAUGCAAAUAUUAUAUUUCUAGACUGGACAAAAGGUGCUGCUGGCCCAUCAUAUCCAGUGUCUGUUGCAAAUACAGAAUUAGUUGGACGACAGCUUGCACUUUUGUUGUUUGAUAUAUUGACUUUGGGGUCGCCUGAAGCCAAAAUUCAUAUUGUUGGCUUCAGUUUAGGAGCUCAUAUUGCAGCAUGUGCUAGCUACAUACUGCAAAAAAGAGGUGUUAAAGUUGGCAGAAUUACAGGUUUAGAUCCAGCAUCACCAAUUUAUAAAAGUACUAGAUUGUUGGAAGCACAUCGCAAGUUAGAUAAAGAUGAUGCCCAUUUUGUGGAUGUAAUUCACACAGAUGGUAGUCCUGUAUGGACAAAUGGUUUUGGCUUGCUUCAGCCAUUGGGUCAUGUUGAUUUUUACCCUAAUGGUGGAGAGGAACAGGCUGGAUGCAAUGAUGGCAGAGCUUCUUUAGUUGUAAGCCACUUUGAGGGAACUGUAAAUUCAAGUACAGUGUGCAGUCAUGUCCGGGCCUGGAGACUGUUUAUUGAAAGCCUUACAUACAGAGAUGGUGGAUGUCAAUUUACUGCAUAUCCUUGUCCUGGAGGACAAGAUAGAUAUCAUGAAGGCAGUUGCUUUCCAAAUACAGAUACAUGUAAGACAGAACAUGUCUGUGCUCAAAUGGGAAUUGAUGCAGACAAAUCGAAAGCAAGAGGACCUUUGUUUUUGGUGACACGAGAAACAAGUCCUUAUUGUGAUGUGAUUCAGGGUGGACGUGCUAUGUGGGGGCUAGCAGCUGCUGAAUUUGGAUCAAUUGACUUGAAGAAAAAAUCUAAUCUGACAGCAGUUUUGAGUUAUCAAUCACUGGUGUUUCAAUCACCUGAUAAAACAAAUAAUGAAGAAAUUUAUUAUAACUAUGUACCACUUUUCAUUGACAAAGUAACACUAUCUGAUAUUCAUGGAAAUAAUUGGUAUUAUUGUAAUAAGGAAACACUGUUAGAAGAAAACAUGUCUUCUUCCAGUGGCCUCACUAUAAUGCUAUCACCAAAAAUGUGCACUGUGUGAUAUCUGUUUACUGAAGAUGUUUUGUGUAGUUACCCUUGAAUGGUUACAACAAAAAUGUAUUUUAGAACUAUGAUAAAUGGGGUACUCUGUUACUCAUUAUAAAAAACUUUUUGCUCUUCAUUUAAGAUGACAUUGUUGUGGACAUUCCUAAAUUCCUUUUUUUAUUAAUUAUUUUAAUUUGGAAACUCUUUCAAAAAGAUUUUUUCAAAUAAUGUGUAAAACAAUCUUUAUUUUAUUAUUGUGCAAGAAUAUUUUGUGUUUGAAUUGAAGUUUUAAAAAAGUGGUUGACAAUAAAAUUUUUAGUAGUGAAUUUGCAUAUGGACAAAAAUGUUUAUUUAGUUAUGAAUGACAUUGGGGGUAUAUGAUGCAGUGGUGGAUGCAAGGGGGGCAUGGCUCCCUUCCCUAAAUGCCUAGUUUUCCUUUAUAACAUUCCUUUAUUUGGCAAAAUUGAUUUAAUUAUUUAUUUAUAUUAGAAUUAUGUAAAUUAUUUAAACAUAUUGUAUAGUAUCUCUCAUAUAUACCUGCAAAAAUAAUAUACAAUAUAAU